CCCUCGUCAUCGGGUUGGGUAGACUCCUCUUCCUCUUCCCUGUGUGUCUCUUCUUCCUUCCCCUCUUCUCCUCCCGCCUUGGGCAGCAACACAGAGGAGGGUCCUGGAGUCAGAGCUGGAGAUGGGAUUGGCUUGGGCGUUACCUGUAACCCUCAGGGACCAUCUCUCUCGCCCUCUCCGCAGGCCUAUGAGCGGCAUGUGCCACCCCGAGCUGUCAUCAACAGUGCAGGCUACAAAAUCCUCACCUCCGUGGACCAGUACCUGGAGCUGGUUGGCAAUUCCUUACCAGGGAUCACAUCAAAAUCAGGCACUGCCCCCAUCCUGAAGUGCCCCACGCAGUUCCCACUCAUCCUCUGGCACCCUUCUGCACGGCACUACUACUUCUGCAUGAUGACGGAGGCCGAGCAGGAGAAGUGGCAGGCUGUCCUGCAGGACUGCAUCCGGCACUGCAACAAUGGUGAGUGGGGGUGAGGGGCAUCACCUGGG